AUGGCCAUCCGUUCCGGCUCACCCAUCCACUACGCAUCUCUGAAUGCCGCAGGACAGAAGUUCUGGCUCGGCGGCGAAACCGCCUCCUACUGCCCCAGCCAGGUCCCCAACUGCCCACCCGGUAAUCAGACCGUCUUCGCUCCCGGAGGUACCUCUCUAGUAAGUAACAUACACAACUAUCGCCCUACGGGCACACUCUGCAAGACCCAAGUCUCUAACAAUACCCAGGACGUCGUGGUCCCCGGUGGCCAGCAGGUCUACGUUGACCCCAACGGAGCGCUUAGCUUCACGCAGGCCCACUCCGCCAACAUCCCCCAGGGCUCAUCGCUUGGUCCCUUCAAGUACAGCGCCGACGAGCCUUGGGCCCACUACUCGUUCGCUGGCUGGGGCGCCAGUGGCUUCAUGGCUUGCCCUGCCGAUGAUAACCGCUGGCAGGUGUUUGCUGCCUUGGACAAUGCCACUGUCCCCCACGGCAAUGUGGAUGAGUGUCUUGGAUUCUCGGCUGUGGCUUUGACUUACACUGGAGAGGCUCCUGCUUGGCAGUAUAUUUAG